UCUAUCGGGCAUUUUUCAGUUCGGAGAGGCAGACAAAAUGGACAUUCACAGACAGGACAGCCACAACAUCAAUCCCAACUUCCGUCAUGGUCGUCAAACGUCAGUCCUGGGGCACGUGCGUAGGCUUCUCAGCGUCCAGGAUCCCCCAGAGCUCGGCCCUCCUCGGCCCUCCUUCAAACGUCACAGCAGUGAGGCCUUCUUCCCCUUCAGACCUGACUCCCAUGACUACCCUGGAUCAGACGACCAGGCUCCCCCAGGACRUGAUCACUCUCUGUUCCCCAGACCCAACCUCUUUAACUCCCAUAACCCCCUCUCGCCCAACCACCCUCUGGAUACGCUACGGGAGGUUAGUAGUACUCUUUCUUCCCUGYACACUGAGCCCSGUACGRCGUCCUUCACAGACCUGCCUCAGUGGGUGGUAAGUCCACCUGCUUUUUCUAAUGAUCAUGGGGAUAGUGGUUAUGGGGGUGAUGGAGGGACGUGUGGGGCAUUAUCUGGGGCUCCACAACCCCUGAAUCAUAUAGAGYCCUUCACCCAACAGACAGGGCAUGAGCAGGCCUCAAGUAAGCCUGGGACUCCAGUAGAUCUGUCCCCCAUUGUGGAGGCUCUGGCCCUGAACACGAAUCAGGGCAACAGCUGUACCCAACCGAGGCCCAAGAAGUUGAGCUGGAACAUCCCCAAAGACUGGUGUAAGCCACAGAGACGUCAGCUGUCCUUCCAGUUCUCCAGACAGGGCUCAAAGAGCUCCCUGCACAGCCUGCCUAGUCCUAAAGGCCUAGGGAGGAGGAGYGGCCGAAACACCUCCACAGCCCUCCACUUUCCUGCUGAGCAUGCCCAGUUCGAAGCACUGCAAGUCCCAGAGACAGACAUUCUGGAGUCCAAUGGUCAUGAGAGUGACAAGAAGGACACCGAUGACAGCCAAGAGAACAAGGACAAGUCUCAAUCGGAGAAGUCGUAAUAUUCUUCUGACAUACAGUACAUAUCAACCUGCUGUGCCAUAAUAGGAGUCAUUUAACAGGAUCUCUAAGGGUGUAUCCAGCAUUAUUAAUUGACACCCUAAUAAACAUAAAAUGUUUGUUUUAUAAUAAAAUAUAAUUUAUAAUAAAAUAUA